UGAUUAUGCAUUCUAAUCAAUUUGAUGAAGAUGGCGAUCCUUAAGAAUAAUUUCUAGAAGUAAUCGUUUAACAUUCAAACCUUAGGCAUUUAAAGAAUUGCUUGAAAUUUAGAAUUAGAGAAUGCAAAAUGGAAAUGACUUAAUAAAUUAAUAUUGUCCUCAAUUACUCUACCCACUCAUUAUUCCCACUUAAAUACCAAACACUUUUAUUGUACUUUCUUAUUUUACAUUAGAUCAACAUGGGCCCAUAUUAUCCUCAUAUAUAACAACCAUAAUUGCAUCCAUAAAUGAGCCAAUAAUAAAGAACACCACAAUAACCUUAGUAAACUCUAUUCUAAAAUCGAUAAAAUAUCAAAGAAGAAGAGCAAGACGAUAACAAAUAAUCAAAAAGUAAUUGGCUGCAAUAAAAAAAAUAAUGAACUAUUUCU